AUGCCGCACAUAGUCGUUAUAGGCGCCGGAGUAAUCGGCCUGAGCUCCGCCCUGCGGAUCCUGUCCGAAGGCCACGCCGUGACCAUCAUAGCGCGCGACUUCCCCAGCAGCUUCGAGACCAUCGACGCCACGGCCCAGAUCAACUUCACGUCGCCCUGGGGCGGCGCGCACAACCGGCUCGUGCCGCCCUCGGACCCGGCGGCGGCGCGCGAACACCGCAUGGCGCUCAAGACAUUUGCGCACAUGCGCGCGCUGCAUGCGCGCCACCCCGAGGCCGGCAUCACCUUCAUGAAGGGCGUCGAGUACAUCGAGGCGCCCGACGCGACGUACCGCGCGUUGACGGCCGAGCGGGCGCGUGCGGAGCUGGGGAUGGAGGGGUUCAGGCUGCUGGCGGAGGAUGAGUUGCCCGAGGGCGUGACGUGGGGGUGCGAGUAUGACACAUGGUGCGUUAACCCCAUGGUUUACUGCACGUUCAUGCUGCGGCGGUUUGCAUUCCACGGGGGUAAGAUCUUGAAGAGGGAUGUGCGGGAUCCGGCCGAGGUGUUUGGGAUGAGGGAUCUUGCGGCGCCGGUUGAUGCGCUUAUUAAUGCAUCGGGAAACGGGUUUGGGGACCCGAAUGUGUUCAUCACUCGAGGCCAGACAUGUCUCGUCUCCAACACCUGUCCCGCAACCGUCACACGCCAGAACGCAGAUGGGUCGUGGACGUUCUGCGUCCCGAGGAAUUUCGAAGGCGGCACUAUCAUCGGCGGCACCAAGGAGCCGGAUAAUUGGGACCCGAACCCGUCGCUUGAGGUUCGGGAGAGGCUGCUGUCGAGUUUUGCCGCUACGUACCCGCAGAUUCUUGAUAGUCAGGGCGGCAAAUACACCGUCAUGAAGGAUAUUGUCGGCAGGAGGCCGACGCGGAGAGGGGGCUUGAGGCUGGAGACUGAGAUAACCGCAGGGAAGAAUUGCAUCAUCCAUGCGUAUGGCCUGGGCGGACGGGGCUACGAGUUGAGCUGGGGUGUUGCUGAGGGUGUUGCUGAGUUGCUGGGUGCGCAGUUGGGGGCCGGUACUUCGAGUUCUACUACUCAACGGCGAGAGUCCAAACUCUGA